AUGGCUACAGAAAUAGUACAUAACAAGAAGAGGCACAUUGAUGAAUCUGAGUCCACAGAUGAUACAGAAAUCCUUACUAAGAAGCAACGACUCAUUGAAAAAUCAGACCUUGACUUCAUCCAAUUCUUGCUUUGCCCUGAGGAUUUGACAACUUCCUUCGACAUUACUACUGAUGAUCCUGAAGUACGAGCAUGGUUGCUGGUUCGUUUUAUAGGUGUUGCUGAUGGUGUUGGUGGUUGGGCUAAAAAGGGUAUUGAUUCAGGAAAAUACUCAAGGGAAUUAAUGGAAAACGCUGAAUCAUUCAUUGACAAACAGAAACAAGAAGAUAAAAGUAGUACUGCUAAUAUUGAUUUAAUCAAAGUACUUAAUGAAGCUUUCUUGAAUACAAAGGCUAUUGGUUCUUCUACUGCUUGUAUGUUGAAACUCGCUGAUGACACUUUACAUGCUGUUAACGUUGGAGAUAGCGGGUUCGUAGUGAUCAAAGAUGGGGUAAUUGUGUACAAAUCAGAAAUUCAGCAGUCGAGUUUUAACCGUCCUUUUCAGUUGGGGAAUAGUAAAAAUUCUAAUGAUCCAAGUGUUGCAGAGAAGAUUAGUUUUCCGGUGAAAGCAGGAGAUAUAAUCGUGAUGGGAACAGAUGGAUUGUUCGAUAAUGUUCAUGAUUUUGAGUUAGAACUUGUUGUAAACAAUGGAGUGGACUCGUGGGAAUCGGAUGAGUCUGAGACAUUGGCGUGGAGGAUAGCGCAAUAUGCACUGGAGAAUUCUAAGAACACAGAGAUUUACACGCCUUUUACUAGGGAAUGUUCCAAAGCUGGAUUUGAGCAGAAAGGUGGAAAGUAUGAUGAUAUAACAGUCAUAGUAGCUCAUAUUUGGCCUUUCUAG